GCCCUCUACCCGCCCCAGAACCCCCGAGACUCCUCCCGCCUCCUCCCGCGGCCGUGGCUUUGCUGCCUUCGCGGGCUCCGCCUCACCCUUCGCCAAGCUCGCCAUGCCUAAGGCUAGCUCGAGCACUGCACCGGCGUGGGCGAGCCCGAAUGCGGCGGACUCCAAUGGUCCUCCAGCAUGGGUAGAGCCCACGUCGAGCGCUUGGGCAGAGAGGAAGACGGGGUCACCGGUCGCAAAGGAGGCGGUGGCACUUGAGCCGCAGGUGUUCACGACACCGGUUGCGCAUAGUUACUCGACAGGCGAGGAGGAUGAGGAUGCCACGCUGGAAAUACGCGCCAUUCGCUUGUACACCAAGCGCGGGUCGAAGGGCUUUUCUGAGGGUGUCGUCGGCACCAUGAAAGUCUUGCGCCACAAGGAGACGCAGAAGCAGCGUUUGCUCUUUCGCCGCGACCCGCUCUUCCAGGUCGCAAUGAACGUUCGGGUGCAGGAGGGCAUGCGCUGCACAUACGAUGCAAAGGACCGCGUAGUCCGCAUCGUGACGCGCGAGCCCUCAAGCGAGGGUACGCCUGAGAUCGUCAUCUACGCUAUGAAGCCCUCCCGCUCCUGCACGAAGACAAAGUUCAUCGAAUUCGGGGAGGCUAUGACAACCCUCAUCGGCGGCUUGUCUGCGGCAUGAACAGUUCACUAUACGUCUGCGGCUGGACUGCAGAAACGGACGGUCGGAUAUAAAUCAUGUAUGUAUACUUUGACGACCUUCGAAAUGCACA